AUGUCAACCAUGCAAGUACAGAAUCAAGGCCAGAGACGGAUCGCCUGCAUUCAGCUCGAUUCCAGACACGCCGAUGUGGCCGGAAACACCGAAACCGUUCUUACCCUCGCGAGCAAGCUCAUCGCGGAGAACAAGUCAAGUCCGAUCAACCUUCUGGUGCUUCCGGAACUCGCUCUUACCGGCUACGUGUUCAAAAGCAGAGAUGAAAUCGAUCCGUAUCUCGAGGACGCUCGUCUCUUCAAGCCUCCGGAAGCUGUUUAUCUGGACCAGACCGUGCCGACAUUUCUCACCGCUUGCCGAUCUUCUUCAACUUGCUCGAAACAGCCCAGUCUGACAUUAGCUGCCCACCUAGCCCAACAGCUUCAUUGCUAUGUCGUCAUAGGGUUUCCAGAGCUUGGCUCUCAUCGCCUGUCGAACCAAACUACGGCCUCGGUCGAUGACCUCAUUGGACCGCCUUUCGAUGCUAGACCGCAUCCCGAGAAGGACGCAAAGGUGCCGAUACCAGCGCCGGCCGACGGACAUGAACAGAGCUACGCCUUCAACUCGGCUGCCCUCGUAGCCCCUGAUGGCUCUUUAAAGCACGUCUUCCGAAAGCACUUUUUGUUUGAAACGGACCAAGGAUGGGCAUCUGAAGGUGAGGGAUUCGAGGCAAUUCACUUGCCUGGGCUCGGCAAUGUCUGCAUAGCCAUCUGCAUGGAUCUCAAUCCAUUUCGCUUCCGCACCGACUUUAAAAGCUGCGAGCUCGCCUCUUUCUGCGUCGAAAAAGACAUAGAUAUGCUGGUCAUGCCCAUGGCGUGGCUACUACCCACAGAUGAACAAGUGAAAAGCAGCGGACACAUGGAACCUUUGUCAAAACCUGGGCCCAGCCUCUCUACGAUCAACUACUGGGCUCUGCGAUGCCUUCCGUUCUUUGAUACGCAACACCCUGCGACUCUUCCUGCCGAAAGUGGAUCUCUUUCUUCCCCCCGGCCCAAGGUCAAGUACUUGAUUGCCAAUAACCGGACCGGAACAGAAGCAUCUUCUAUGUUCGCCGGUUCUUCCUGCGUGCUCGAAAUGAAGCUCGGAGAGCGGCCUCUUUUGCUGCAAAGUCUCGGCACAACGGAGCAGACUUGCCUGGUGGCGACCUUGCCAGUCUGA